AGGCCAGCCCCAUAUACCAAUGUGAUCAUGCCUAGCCUGUUUGGCAUCAUCUGUUUCCUUGGCAUAGUUGGGAACCUUAUUGUGAUCUAUACCAUCCUCAAGAAGAAGAAGCUGAGGUGCAAGCAGACAGUGCCUGAUAUCUUCAUCUUCAAUCUCUCCAUUGUGGACCUUCUGUUCCUGUUGGGAAUGCCAUUCCUUAUCCAUCAACUCCUUGGCAAUGGUGCUUGGUAUUUUGGAGCUCCAUUAUGUACCAUCAUCACUGCUCUAGACACCAACAGUCAGAUCACCAGUACUAAUAUCCUGACAGUAAUGACCCUCGACCGCUAUUUGGCAACUGUACAUCCCUUGAAGUCCACUUACGUUCGUACUCCAUGUGUGGCAGCCUUGGUUAUUGGCCUGGUGUGGCUCCUUUCCUUCCUGACCAUCAUCCCUGUAUGGAUGUAUGCAGGGCUGAUGCCUCUGGAGGAUGGGAUGGUCCGCUGUGCUCUUUUGCUUCCUAACCCUGAGACUGAUAUCUAUUGGUUCACCCUUUACCAGUUCAUGUUAGCUUUUGCUAUACCUUUGCUCAUCAUCUGUGUGGUCUACUUUAAAAUUCUGCAGCAUAUGGCUACCACUGUAGUGCCCUUACCCCAAAGGAGUCACCGGGUACGCACCAAGAAGGUCACUCGAAUGGCUGUUGCCAUCUGCUCUGCCUUUUUCAUUUGCUGGGCACCCUUCUAUAUCCUCCAGCUGGUGCAUCUUGGAAUAGACAACCCUUCCGUUGCCUUCUUCUAUGCCUACAACUUUGCCAUUAGCUUGGGCUAUGCCAACAGUUGCCUCAAUCCAUUCCUCUACAUUGCUCUGAGUGAGACCUUCAAGCGCCAGUUCAUGGUGGCCAUCCGUCCAACCAUGGAGCAGUUUCGAGUCAACAAAAAUAACAACAGCACAACAGAAGCCAGUGUGUGCCUCAAGCUUGCAUCAGAAGCUACCCAGCAGACUCAGUUUCUGGAGGACUUUUCUCCUCACUCAGUGCCUGUGACUGUUGCUGUUCACUAGCUGCCAUUCUUUGAGGGUCUAAUAAUUUUGCCAUUACAAGACUUCUUUGCCAUUACAAGACUUUUGCCAUUACAAGACAGAUUUCUUUGAUGGACUGCAAUGGCUACGAGGAAUUAUCAAGGUCAGCCUUACCGGGAGGCAGUGUGAGAUGUCAAUAGAGGCCUAUAAUGCAUGAAUGCUAGGUCAUUGCUUCUGCUGAUACAUAGAAGAGGGAUGUAAGUUAUUGCUGAGAGUACAAGAUAGUUUGCAAAAUCAAACAAUGCAGUUAUCACAGAAACCCAACAAUGAGUCAUAAUGAAGCAGCCUUGCCACUGUUACACAAAUUAUCUCUCAAAUGAGUGAAAGUAUGCACAUGACAUGAUAAAAUGGCCAGCAAUAGCUUCCAGACUUUUGUUGAGCUAAGCAGCCUUUUUAGCAGAUAAACUUGGCACAGAUAUUGCCUCUGUGAUGAAAUUAACAAACCAAGCACAGAAUAAAACAAGUGAAGAUUAUGAAAGAUGACUUCAUUCAUUGUGCCUAUGGCGAUAUGAACCACUAGCAGAUCAAUAUCUCCUGCAAAGUCCAUUAUCUGAAGAUGUGCCAUUCCGUUUGCAAAAAAGAUAAUGUUGCCCUCCAGCAUACAGGAAGAAAAGACAAUAAGAUUGUAGAGACAACAUCAGUAGCUUGUAGAAUCACUCACUGAAUUGCAAGGGCAACAGGCCUCUAAUUAAAAGUCUUGUUAGGAUUUGUUCUGACUUAUAAAUGAACAUUUGAAGAGUAGGGGCUGCCAUUCAAUUCCUGCUGCUUUUGCUGACAUGGAAAUGCCACGAUGGGACAAUGAGCACCUGCUGAUUUCUACUUGUUAUUCAACAAACACUUGCAGAGCCUCUGUCCAUAAAAAAAGUGGCACCUCUACUACUUGCUGUAUAUAUUGAUACAGAAAAUUGCCCUUCAUUCAGCAGGGAUAGCCAAAACUUCAAUAUCAUGGCUCCUGUCCCACUAAGAGUUGUGUAGAAGAGGGCAGAUUAACUGACACAGGUUGUCACAUCACAAUGACUGCAGAGGCUUGGAAAGAUAUACCUGACAAAAUGUCCUUAUUUACAAGCAACAGUGUAUUAAAGAGUAAAAUGUCUACAACAGCACAAAUGAGUGAUUAAUGAAAGAGGCCCAUAGCCUAACAGCUAUGG